AUGAUGGCCGAGAUUCAGCUGGAACUGGUUUGGACGGAGAAGAACAAGACGAUGAAUCAGACCUGGGUGGUGCCCAAGAAUGCCGAAGCUACUGGUGCGUGCGGUAACGAGACUCAGUGGAUUCUCCUGCAAUGGGGCCAGAACAAGACCAGCCAGCUCCACCUGGAUUUUGUUAAAACCAAAGAUAAGAAAUUUGAGGUGCAAAACGUUACCGCAUCUAUCAAUGUCACCUUACCCGAUCAAGGUCCAAAUGUUUGGAAUUUCUCGUUGGUCAACCAGACCGACUUCCCGACACCGCUGCAGAUGUCUUACAAAUGCAUGAAGGAGCAGACGCUGAAAUUGAAAGCUGAUAAAACAAACUCGACCUUUGUCAAUCUCAAACUGAGCCAUGUGCAGAUGCAAGCUUUCAUGAACAGCACUAGUGAUAAAUUUGAUUCAGCUCUUGACUGCGAAGGUUCGGUGGUGAACGACACAGUACCGAUCGUUGUGGGCAGCAUCCUGAUAGUGAUGAUCCUGAUGAUCCUUGCGGCGUACCUGCUGAGCAGAAGACGGUGCCAGGCGCGCGGCUACCUCUCAAUGUGAGUCACCACAUAAUCACACUCCUCCUCUUCCUCCAAGUCAAACAGUCUUUUUGGCCUACAGUGAUACGUUAGCCUCCUUUGCGUCUCGUCCCAGGGUGUUCAUUUGUUACAUUUCAGCUGUUUUAUUGUAAAAAUCUGAUACGUGCCAAGGUUUAAGAUCAGACGUUUAUCUAUCAUGCAUGCUAGAUAAAUUAUAGAUCAGCGUAUAAUAACCGAAUGUGGCACUGAACUAACUUGCCAUGGUAAUGAUUGUAUUUUAGGUUAAUAUGAAGACAAUAAAGGGACCUUUCAAGAUAUGUAUCAUAAGCCCUAACUUGCCAUUUAAAGAUGUGAGGUGCGAGCGUGUUAAAGAACCCCGCAGUUUUCUUCUGGAAAAUUGUUUUUUGUUUUAUUAGUUGAAAUUCGGCAUAGAGGUAGUUUUCGAUAUGGCGAUCAAAUGUCCUAAUGGGUCCAACCCUCAGAAACACCUCCCAAGCCCCUACAGAACCCAGGAGCUACUGAUAUGGGAAGACAAUACUUUUUAUGUAUAUAUAUUUUUCACGCUCAGCAGUACCCAUCGCUCUAUUAUUUCUAGAUUCAAAAAACAUUCCUUAUUUCGAAAAUCUAUGCUUACUGCUCUCUAAAGAUAGAAUAAUAUUCUAUCUCUAUCUUUUGGUAUCGAAACGGCGAUCUGGCCAUGAAAACGAUGUAUUGUACGGUUAUCCAGUUAGGUCGGACGGAACGCUGAACGCCGGACGCCUCAUAUGUUAAAAUUACAUACAAAAUACGCUGAAAAACAUAACCCUACUUCCGAUGCAGUCGGGUAAUGAAUGUUAAAAUUUUGAACACUCUGUAUGAGACGCAUCGGUAGAUUUCCGCUACCACUCCAAAGUUCGCAAUAGGGGAGGCGACGUUGCUUAAAUGUGGUGGAGCUAAUCUCGAAGGGAAGUGUAUUUCAAAAAUUGUCUCUGAUAGGGAAAGUAAGGAAAUUUUGUCAAGUCCUUGGAUUAUGCGCAGGGUAAAAUUUUUGUUUUGGUUUCUGAAGGUUAUGAAGCGGUUUAUGAGCAAAUAUCACGGAAGUUUUACAACAAUUAGAUGAAAUUAACCUCCUUGUAUAUGGAAUUACGAGAAGGAUUUAUAAAAGAGUGGAUUAUUCAUAGUUUUCACAACGGUUUAGGACCAAUAAAGGACUUUUCUUUUGUCUUCAAGUGAGAGCAUCUUGUUUUGUUUUCUAUUAUAUGUUUAUUUUCGGCAACAAAGAUUUUUCUUGUAUGGAAAAAUUGGGUUUUUUUUAGCAGCAGAACUCAUAAUUAACACACAUCUGUGAUAAACGAAUAUUUUACAUAUUGGGAUUUUUGACAUGGAGAUAUGACGGCACAGUUGUAGAAAUCUCAUGAUUGCAAAGUCAAUUCAAUCUAAGGUGUACCUUAAAGAUAAGCUUCACUUUGCUAAGUGGAAUGUUCGAGGAAGGACGUGACAGAAUUACCUUAUUUCCUCUACAUCAAUCUUAAUGCAAACAUUUCGAGAACCAUGAAAAUCCUAUUGCAAAAUUUCGGUUAAUUUUUCUAUAACUUCCCUUUUUGAGAUUAGCAACAACUAUGAGGUGUUAAAUUGUAUACAUUUUUUUUUGUUUAGCUUUAUGUGCUGGUUUUGUUUUGUGUUUUGAGACAAGUUUAUCAGCCUCAAUUUUAUAGUUUAUCCUACGUUUUGCUCAGCUGAUGUUUAUAUGAAUAUUGUGCUGAUAAGCCAGUCUUCUAUUGUAGUUUCAAUUGUCUUAAUAUAUUUUUUCGGGAUUUCUUUGAUUUUUUAAUAAUUCUGACCCUUGUCCCUCUAACUAAUACGUCAUUGCAUUAUUAACACACAAAAAAACAGGCUAUUCAACCACAUUUAUGAGGCUUAAUUUGUUGCUUAAAUUCAAGUGUAUCAUAAUGAUUAAUCUAUACGUAAUCAUUGAAUGUAGAUCUAAUAUUAGGUAAUACAUAUAGCUCAUGUGUUUAGUUAGUUCGGUGUGAGUUUUAUGCAUCAUUGAUCGGACUUUUCAACAUAGUUAAAAACAACUUCUUUACAAUACCUUUGGACUUUAUAUUCAUCGGAAACAUCGCGUUCAAAAAAUAGUUUUAAUAUUGUUUUUUACCAAGUGCAAUUUGCUUUGAAAAACAUGAUAACUAACUUAGACUAAAUGUAAAGUGUCUUAAACUUAGUUGUUAGUUAAAUAAAUGAAAAUAAGGGACUGCUAAUUGGGAUAUAAGCAAUUCGAUAUCAUUUAUUAAAAUCCUUGAUAAUUUUUUUUUUUGAUGUGGGUGCUAGAAAGUAUUUUAAUGAGUAAGAGUUGAAAAAUAAGGCCUGUAAUUUGAACAAUAUUCUAUUCAAUAAGGCGAAAUACAUUUACAUUUUACGCCUGCACAGAUACACAUCAACUUUUUUUUGUGGCCAUUUGUCAUAGUUAUUCAGAGGGUUUUUCUAUUCAGCGUUCAUAUAUUUUGAUAUAACUGACGUGCAAACCUUUCUUUAACGGCAUAAAAAUAUUUUUUGGCAUUCUUUUGUAGAAGUAAAUGACGAUGAAAUAAUAAUAUUGGAGGAAGCCUUAAAUAUAUAUUCAAGUAACAAAAAAAAAAAUAUUCAAAAAUGAAGCACCGCAGCAUUUUUCUCGAAACGCUGUUUUCUUUAGCAUAUCGCGAACAAAUAUCUUUUCACUGAAAUUAUUCACAGUAUCUUGAAAAUAAACUCAAUUCACAAACUCAUCAACCAUAAAAAAAUCGAUAUUUUAAAAAUCACGUAUUUCUUUAGCAAUAAACAUUAAUAGGUUGUUUUUAAUUUUUUCCUGCUCAGCAGCAACAUUGUGCAUACGAUUCUGUCAUUCACAAAAAUCGCCGCGGUUCAUGAAUUUUUACAUAUUUUUUUAACACAAUUCUUUUGUUACUUCACUAUAUCCAUUAUUUCCUCCAAUACUAUUAUUUUGUUUGCCGUUAUAACUGUAAAGUGCGGUAAAUCAUUUUUCGAGUAGUUUAUUAAUAAAAAACAAAUAUUUUUAAAUAAUACACACCAGAGAAGAAGUUUCUGUACCCUGGCUUAUUGUACUCUUUGUUAAUCUGCUUGCUACUGAAUUGUGUAGAGUGUUUGUCUCAAAUUUCCUAUUCUGUGAUAUGUUGUGCUUUGUACGCCGUGUCACAGAAUAGGUUUAUUUUUUGUGUGAUAUACUUUGACUAUUAAAAACACGAGGCUUUAAAGAAAAAACUGACAGUUCACUGGAUAUUGUACGGAAUUUUCAUAACACAAUAUCUGACAGCUUCUUUCUAAAAAACGUAAAAUUUGCUAGGCAUGGGCUUUUAUUAACAUAUCCUAUUUGAAGAUAGUCAUCUUAAUAUUGAAGUCCCGCGUCCAAAAAUGCUCAGAAAUAAAAUAAGAUAUCGUCGCGUCAUCUACGAGAAUUUGUCAUAACUAUGCAUGUAAUUCAAACGUAGGUUGUUUGUUUAAAGCCACCUUUCACCUUAUUUUAAACGUAUG